AUGCUCCUCACACUGCAGAACUACAACCUCAAGUGGAGAAAUACACCUACAGACGACAUGGACUGCAGUCCAGCGCAGAGACUGAUGGCCCGUAGGCUGAAAAGUCCGCUCCCCGUCUCGGACAGUCUUUUGGAGCCACGCGUGGUUGCGGACGUGUCAGAGAAGCUCAGGGCCAAGCACCAAAAGGCCAAGCUUUGGAGCCCGGACGGGAAGAUGGAGGAGAGGUGUCUGCCUCCAACAGGUGGGCCCUCGGUCGUACCUGGUGGAUGUUGA